GCUGUAACUGAAAUUCAACAGCUGCCCUUCAUCAUCUAUGAAAAUUGAAUGGUUGGGAUGCUCCGGUGCCGGUACAAUGCCGGUAUCAUAGAAACUUUACUUGUGACGCCUUAAUUUGUUGCUUCCUGCCAUACAACCAACUACUCUUGUGGAUUUUUGUUUUUGUUUUGAUCCUCUUAUUGUCGCAAGAAAUCUCCAAACAAUGAUCCAAACUACUACACAAAUUCUAGAAUAGCUGCCACUCAUGGCUGCCACUGGAAGCAUCAAGGUACCGCUGCGACUGUCGUGUAGCCACCACCACCACCGGCCGCACCGCCAUUUCCUCCUCCUAACGCCGACACCGCCGCCGUUCACAAUCCAUUGCGCUCUAAGCAAGCAAGGCCACCGCUUUCUAACCUCUCUUCUCUCCACCGCCAUCUCCGAUCCCUCCGUCUCCAACCGCUUAAUCCGCAAAUUCGUACUCUCCUCGUCCAAAUCCGUAGCUCUUAACCUCCUCUCCCAUCUUCUCUCCGCUCGCACCCCUCAUCAACACUUCUCCUCGCUCGCCUUACCCUUGUAUUCGAGAAUCAGUGAGGCGUCUUGGUUUACUUGGAACCCCCAGAUGGUAGCAGACUUGGUGGCUCUACUUCAUAAACAAGGCCAGGUGGACGAUGCAGAAACCCUAGUUUCCGAGUCCGUCUCCAAAUUAGGGUCUCGGGAACGUGAUCUGGCUCUCUUCUACUGCAAUUUGAUAGUUUCUCACUCCCAACACAAAUCCAAUCCAGGGUUUUUCGACUCCUACGCACGGCUGAAGCAGCUGGCCUGCACUUCGUCCUCCGUUUACGUGAAACGCCGCGCGUACGAAUCGAUGAUCGGUGGCCUGUGCGCCAUGGGUCUGCCUCUCGAAGCUGAGAAUUUGAUGGAAGAGAUGAGAGGUCUUGGAUUCGACCCAUCCGCGUUUGAAUUCAGGUAUGUGAUAUAUGCUUAUGGAAGAUCUGGUUUGUUCAACGAUAUGAAGAGAUGCGUGGCUGAAAUGGAAUCUCGAGGUCUAGGGUCGGACACAAUUUGUUCAAACAUGGUGCUUUCGUCUUUCGGAGCUCAUAGCCAGCUCUCAGAGAUGGUUCUUUGGCUGCAAAGGAUGAAGAAAACCGGCGUCCCCUUUUCGUUUCGGACUUACAACUCCGUGUUGAAUUCGUGCCCAAAGAUGAUGGAAAUGCUUCGAGACAUGAAAACCAUUCCCAUUUCAAUCCGAGAGCUGGUAGAGAAUUUGCAGGGCGAGGAGGGAUUGUUGGUGGAGGAGCUGAUGGGAUCAUCGGUUUUGGAGAAGGCUAUGGAAUGGAGUGGUUUGGAGGGGAAGUUGGAUUUGCACGGAAUGCAUUUGGGUUCUGCCUACUUGAUCAUGCUGCAGUGGGCGGAGGAGCUCCGUACAAGGCUCCGGGACGGGAAUGAGGGCAAGAUACCGGCGCAGAUUACAGUCGUUUGUGGGUCGGGGAAGCAUAGCAACAUCAGGGGUGAGUCGCCGGUGAAAGGUUUGGUAAAGCAGAUGGUGGUUCGGAUGAAUUGUCCGAUGAGAAUCGACAGGUACAAUGUUGGAUGUUUUGUUGCCAAAGGAAGAGUGUUGAAACACUGGUUUGCUUCAUCCAUCUCUGGUACCUCUUGAUUUCAACAUCUUUUACCUCUCUAGUUUCAGACAUCAAGUGAUAUUGAUCAAAACAUUUCAACCCUUGGUUUCACCGAGGUAUAUAAAACAAAAUAAAGUAACGAUCCAAGCAUAUAUAUA